AUGCUACACAUCAAGAAAAUCUUUCUUAGCCGCCUACUCUUAGAGCACUUCGAUCCUUCAAAAACACUCAUCGUAGUUGCAGACACUUGCUCUACAGGAAUCGGUGGAGUACUCCUGCAGCGAGACGCGUACGGGCACGAACGCGCUGUCUACCAUAUAUCACAAAGUCUAACAGACUCUCAGCGCAACUAUUCCCAGCUCGAAAAGGAAGCUCUUGCAUUGGUUACGGCAGUCGAACGAUUCCAUAAAUUCGUCUGGGGAAGGAAGUUCAUCCUACAAACCGACCAUAAACCGCUUGUCGCUCUCCUCCAAUCUGAAGACACAAAAGGUCUAAAACCCACAACGGCUCGUCUCAAGCGCUGGGCCAUAAGACUACUAGGUUACGACUUUGAAAUCGAAUAUGUCCACUCACAGGACUUCGGUCAAGCAGACGCUUUAUCGCGUUUAAUACAGAAAUUCCGCCACGAUAACAGUGAAGACUUACAAGUAGCCUGUGUCCGUGCAGUGGAAAACGAAAUCCAACGAAUCAGAGACUUCUCCAUCGAUAAAUUUGGAGAAGAACUUCGUCUCAAGUUAAGAUCGGCUACCAGUACUGACCCCGACCUCCAAGCUAUCAUGGAAGCUAUUCGGAACAAUAAAACUCCUACUAUCAGUUCACCUACGGUGGAACACUAUAAGAAACGUCUUGACUUCCUGUCAAUCGUCGACGACACCUUACUAUUCGGAGACAGAGUAAUCAUACCUCAAGGUAUUCAAGCCAGUAUCCUGUUAUCUCUGCACAAAGGCCAUCCCGGUAUUCGAAGAAUGAAGCAGCUCGCACGUGAAUACAUCUACUGGCCAAAACUUUCCGAGGAUAUCGAACGUAUAGUAAAACGAUGCGACCCCUGCGCACUAACACGCAAAUUACCAGUCAAGAUUUCAAUCUCUCCGUGGCCAAUCCCCUCUAAGCCUCUAGAACGCUUAUAUGUGGAUUACGCAAGACCGAUAGACGGCCAAUAUCUACUCGUCUUCGUGGACGCAUUUUCAAAAUUUAUCGAAGUGGCUAUCACGCCAACUAUUUCUGCAGCACGCACAAUAGAAAUAUGUCGGGAAAUAUUCUCCAGAUGGUCCGCCUGA